AUGGUUAUAUUAGAAAUUAUUUUAAUUAUCUACAUUUAUGGCCUUCCAAAUUUUUUGGACGAUUUGCGUUCGAUGUUUGGUUAUCCACGUACUUGGUUAGGAAGAAUAUUUGGUCCUACUGGUUAUUAUAUUCAAGGGAUUUGGUGCUUUUUGGCACCUCUUCAGAUUACCAUAUUAUUCAUUGUUGUAUUAUUCACUCAAAUUUCACACAAUUUAACUUAUGGAAAAGACAAAAGGCUUUAUGAAUAUCCAGGUUGGGCAAUUGGUUUAGGCUGGCUAAUAUCAAUUAUACCAAUUCUAUUAUUGCCAAUAAUGGCUGUUUACAAUUUGUUAAAAUUUAGACAAAAGAGAAAGGUACAGGGGCUCGACACUUGCGGCCCGACAUUUGUUGUCCAAAGAGGAGUAAUAGAACCUAAAAUCCAGAAUAAAAUGAAAGUUAUUCUUCUGCAUGUUCUCCAAAUCAUAGUGCCUAUGUUACACUUCUUUCCAAAGAACGGAGGAAAACUUAGAUCCCUUGGUAAUCAUUUUUACAAGAGAUUUUUUGUAUCGAAACAGCUCUGUCAUAAAAUAUGUCUUGUAAGGUGGUGGGUCGGUGGGUAA